AUGGCUCCUACUAUUGCCAUUGUCGGUGCCGGGCCUUGUGGCUUGACUCUGGCGCGUCUUUUGGAGUGCAGAGGCAUCGACUAUGUCGUUUAUGAGCGUGACAAAUCCGAAGUCUCCAAUCGCAGAGGAGGGAGCCUUGACAUUCACACACAGACAGGACAGCUUGCGUUGAAAGAAGCAGGGCUUUUUGAUGAGUUCAAGAAGCAUGCUAGAUACGAAGAUAUGUCUUUCACAAUUGCCAAUCAGCAGGGAGAAAGGGUUUUCCGGAAAAAUGCUGGCCAAGGGCGCGAUGCGCCUGAAAUCGAUCGCAUCUUGCUACGCCAAAUUUUGUUAGACUCAAUCCCGAAGGAAAAGGUUCGCUGGAAUCACGUUCUUAAGAGCGUCACACUGGAGCAAGACGGGCAUCAUAUUCUUCAAUUCACAAACGGAUCAUCAGCUUCCGGAUUCAAGCUUGUGGUUGGUGCAGAUGGCGCAUGGAGCAAAGUGCGACCUUCGAUUACACCAGUAAAGCCACAAUAUUCGGGUAACCACUAUAUAGAGUCAAGAAUAAAUCCCGAAAGCCCUCACUAUCCAACCAUGGUCUCAAAAAUCGGCGCGGGCAGUUUCAUGUGUUUAGGUUCUUCGAAAGAGAUCGUCACCCAACGUCAGGGCAACGGAUCGUACAGAAUUUAUCUUGGAGUUACAGUACCCGAAGAUUUUGUUCGAGGUGGCACCGUCAAUCUGGAGGAUACAGAAUCAACCCGGCGUCUAUUUCUUUCUUCGGAAUACUUUGGGAAUUGGGCAGAAGAGCUAAAAGACCUGAUUCGAUACUCGGAAGACUUCCGCAGCUGGCCCCUUUACUACAUGGAUCCAGAGACUCUGAGAUGGGACUCUGUUCCUGGUUUAACAUUGGUAGGAGAUGCUGCUCAUGUAGCAGUCCCAAAUGGUGAAGGGGUCAACUGUGCCAUGGCAGAUGCGCUCUCUCUGGCCUCAAAAAUUGCAACAUAUGGUACAGAUGCCUUGAACCGCGCCGUUGCGGAAUAUGAGGAAGAUAUGUUUCGUCGUGGAGUCGAGCAUAUAAAGGAUGGUCUACAAAUGGCGACCCUGAUACGGCACAAAGAUGGCCCCGAUGCACUCAUAUCUUUUUUCAAGACCGCAAUGGAAAAUGCAGCUCAACGCUCUAGUUAA